AUGUCUACAGAGAACAGUAAUAAUAAUAACAACAACAACAAUGAAAUUACAACAUUUACAAAAGAGUUUCAAGUUGAUCUCACACUGAAAGAUAAUAAGAAUAAAGAUAAUGUAGCGAAAUCAGUUUAUAGAAAUCUAUUUUGUAUGGACGCUCUCGAGUAUAUCAAAAACAAUGAAUUGGAAAAGACAACGUCAAUCAUUACUUCACUACCCGAUAUCGUUGAGAUGAGUGGUUAUACUCUCGAUAGAUAUAAAACAUGGUUCGUAAACGCAAUAACUUUAAUAUGUUCAAAAUUAACAGAUAAUAAUGUUGCGAUAUUCUAUCAAACCGAUGUUAAAAGAAAAGUAAAAGGAAACAAAGGUGUUGUCGAUGAAUAUUUAGAUAAAGGAUAUAUGUGUUCUAAGGGUGCAGAGAUCGCCGGUUGUAAGAUGGUUUGGCACAAAAUGAUGACAUCAUCACCACCGGAACUAGGCAAGGUUGCAAGAGGUACGAAAUCAUCUUUCAGUCAUAUGAUUUGUAUUGCAAGAACACCUUCAAACCUAAUCUAUCAAGAACAAACACCUGAUAUUGCACCAAGAGGUGCUAUGACAUGGCCGAAAGCAAUGGGAUUGAAUGCUUGUAUGGUCGCAGCGAAAUAUAUUAGAGGCAUCGGAUCGACUACGAUAUUGGAUCCGUUCUGCGGUAAGGGCAGUGUUCUCGCCAUUGCCAAUCUUAUAGGAUUGAAUUCGAUUGGUGUUGAUCUUGCAAUCUCGAAAGUAAGACACUCUUGUAAUCUACUGAUUACACCAAAGAUGAUAGAAUCCUUCAAACAAAGUGAUUGGAAAGAAAUUAAUAACUCAAAACAGAAAUCAAAUGAUAAUGUUGAUGGUGAUGAUGUCGAUGAUGACAAAGAAGAUAACGAUAGCAAUAAUAACAAUAACGACAACAGUGAUGACAAAUCAACAACUUCAUCUUCAACAACAACUACUACUACUUCUUCUACAAAUAAUAACAAUAGCAACGAUACAACAACACCAACAACAACAACAUCAUCAUCAUCAUCAACUAUAACAACCAACUUAUCAAAUAUUGAUCUAAAAGAAUGA